GUCACGACCAUGUCUGUCAUUUUAUUUGUUGUUCUAUUUUAGCAUUAUAUUUUCAGACACAAUAUAUACAAAAGCUUUACUGUGCAAGAAAAACAAUACAAUAAUCAGAAAUUUGCUUCAUUUACACAUUGUCUACUAGCAAAUUUGUCUACAAUGACGACUGAACCAGAGCCGACCGAUUUGGAUUGGGUGCAACUGCGCAAAGAUAUGGGAAAAGCGCAUCAUGCGGAAACGAUGAAAGAAAAAUUUUCAAGAAAAUUUGAGGAAAAUCCGUUCGUCCCUAUAGGCUGCUUAGCAACUGCCGGUGCAUUAUCAUACGGGCUUUGGUCAUUCAGGCAAGGCCGAUCCAAGAUGUCUCAGACCAUGAUGCGUCUCCGCAUUGUAGCACAAGGAUUCACUAUUACGGCUCUCAUCGCUGGAGUAAUGUUGGCAGCGAAGAAAUGAUGAUAUUUUGUAAAUUAUACUCUUGUCAGUACAGCCACAUGCAAAUUAUCUAUGCUUCUAACACACAAAACUACCUUUAGUCUGCAAAUAAAUUACAUAAAGAUAUGGGUACUUAUGAUACAAAACCAGAUCUUGAAAAACAUUUGUGUCCUCUCUGGCUCUGGCUAGAGAGUCAUCCGAGUGACUGCAAAAUUUGAGUGUUUGACUAUUUGCAUCAGACUGUACCAAAACAAACCAAAAAUUGUAUGCAAAAUGUGCAGAUGGCUGGUUGUCUGUAAAUAUUAUUAUGAUUAGGUCUAAUAGUUAUUAAAGUACAAUUUUAUUUUACAUAGUCUAAUGUAGGAAACAACUGCAUA